AUGAUGCGAUCUUUCCCUCAAACUAACAGACUACUCCGCCCAUCAACAUAUCCAAUAGCUUGCUGUGUUAACCAAUUUAGAAUGACAUCUGGAAGCGCAACAUCGUCUUCUGUAUCUCGUUAUGAAGAAUCCGUACGUCUUCUAAAUAGUCUUCAGUCAAAUGCGGCUACGAUCAAGAAGUUACGGGAACAAAGAGAGAAUCUGCAGACAAUGAAUCUUCCACAAUGCAGAAAGUAUCUAGAAUCUUUAAAAGUUUCGGAGAAGAAUCUUGAAUCUUUGAACAUCAUUCAUGUGAGCGGGACUAAAGGAAAGGGAAGCACUUGCGCGUAUACUGAAGCUAUUCUGAGGAAACAAGGACUCAAGACAGGACUUUAUACAUCCCCACAUCUAGUUCAUGUGAGAGAGCGAAUUCGGAUAAAUGGAGAGCCGGUGGAUGAAGAGACGUUUGCUGAAGAGUUUUUCCACGUAUACGACAUUAUCAGUCAGGAACAUAGUGAAAACAUGCCAGCCUACUUCAAGUUCUUAACACUUCUUGCAUUUCGAAUCUUCAUCAAAUUAGGCGUUCAAGUUGUGAUACUGGAAGUAGGGAUUGGUGGAGAAUAUGAUUGUACGAAUGUCAUCGAGCAUCCGAAAGUUUGCGGAGUCACAACUCUUGACUAUGAUCAUAUUUCUAUUCUCGGGUCAAAGCUAUCAGAAAUCGCGUGGCAUAAAGCAGGAAUUUUCAAGAAGGAUGUACCUGCGAUUUAUUCACCAACUAAUCCUGAAGCAGAGGAAGUUCUCAUUUCCCGAGCGAAAUCCAAAUCGACUCCACUUGCUGAGGCUCCACCAGUAUCCGCUUAUCAUUUCUCUCGACCGAUUUCUCCAGGCAUAAGAGGACUUCAUCAAUUUUCCAACAUCUCUUUAUCCUUCCAACUCGUUAAAACAUGGGCUGAAAAAUGUCAUUUUCCACUUCCAGGAGUAUCUCUUUCAACGAAAAUUGGGAAAGGAUUUGAUAUUCCUUCGUGGAUGUGUGACGCCAUAGAAUCGUGUCGUUGGCCGGGAAGAAGUCAAGUGAUCAGUACCGAUAAAAAAAUCACGUAUCUUCUGGAUGGAGCACAUACUCCAAAAAGUAUGGAGGCUUGUGCAGAAUGGGCAUCAGAAGAAAUUACUCUUCUGAAGAAAGAGAACGUAAAGAAGAUUAUGUUGUUUCAAUGUACAGCUGAUAGAUCCCCAUCUACACUGAUUCAAUACUUGAAGCCUCUCGGCAUCGAUCAAAUCGUGUCAUGCCCCACUCAACUAUAUUCGAGUGUAGAUAAAUCGGCAGAUUCAACAAAUCUGAAUGCAUCUCGAGAUGAACAAAUGGAAAAAGCUCUUCAAUGUGUGGAAUCAUGGAAAGAAUCUAUGGAUGAUCCGAAUAGAAUCACAAAAGAUAAAAUGAAGGUGUUCGAUUGCAUUUCGGCUGCAUUUGAUUAUAUUGAAACCGAAUCUUCUUCACAAGAGAUUCUCGUUCUUGUUACUGGAAGUCUUCAUCUUGUGGGAGGAGUUCUCAACCUAAUUUCCACUAAAACCCACCAAACAGUAGUAUGA